UAUAAGCGGGUGCUUGCGUGAUCGAGGUAGUUAGAAACCGAGUAAGGCAACAAGUCAGAAAAUUGAAAUGGAAAAUCAGCUCUGCAAGCUUUUUGUCGGUGGGUUGAAUGUGCAGACCACCGAUGAAGGUCUCCGUAAACAUUUUGAGCAGUAUGGUGAGUUGACUGAUUGCGUUGUCGUUCAAAACCAGCAGCUCAAGCGGUCUCGUUGUUUCGGCUUUGUGACCUACUCGACUGCGGAGGAGGCUGAUGCGGCAAUGGCUGCCAGGCCACAUGUUUUGGACGGCAAUAACGUGGAGCUGAAGAGAGCAGUGGCCAGGGAAGAUGCGGGAAAACCAGAGGCACUUGCCAAGGUGAAGAAAAUCUUCAUUGGGGGGCUGAAAGAAGAUGUAGAGAACGAGCACCUCAACGAAUAUUUCUCCCAGUUUGGUGCGAUCGAGAAGGCCGAAGUCAUUAGCGACAAGCAGACCGGCAAGAAGCGUGGAUUCGGCUUUGUGUACUUUGAAGACAACGAUUCGGCCGACAAAGCGGUGGUGCUGAAAUUUCACACCAUUAACGGACACAAAGUGGAGGUGAAGAAAGCGCUCACCAAGCAGGAGAUGCAGUCUGCAGGAGGCCGAGGUGGCAGGGGGAGAGGCGGCCGAGGAAUGGGAAGGUCUCAAAAUGGCUACGGUGGGGGAAGAGGAGGUGGUUAUAACAGCUAUGGCGGCGGCUAUGGUGGCAAUGAUGGCGGCUACGGUGGAGGCUACGGCGGUGGCUAUGGCGGUGGUUACGGAGGAGGCUAUGGUGACCAAAUGGGCGGCUACGGCGGAGGGAACGGCUACAAUGACUUUGGAAGCGGGUAUGGCCAGCAGUCCUCUGGCUAUGGUCCAAUGAAAGAAUUCACAAAGCAGAUGGAUUUUAACAAAUUCUUACUUUUAAGACCUGUCUGAUGGAGCAUCUGCUGACAAGACAUAAACCCUGAUUGACCACAGUCAAAGAAGACAAUGGGUGCCAUAGCAUCAUCAUGCACAAGGGUCUGAGGGACCUGACUGUAUCCAGUCCUCCUGCGUCAGCUCGGGUCAGGAGCAAAUGACAACUGUCGCGGUGGAAAAGAUGUCUUCUAGUGGGCCAGAGAGGAACUGGGACACAACAUCCUAUUCAAAGGGUGCAGAAAAUCUGCAGUAGUUUUGUGAUGUUGGUCUUCACAACAGAGCUGUCAUUCUUUUUAUAAAGGUUUUGUCAGCUGAAUCUUGGUUUGUGGCUUCUUGUAUUGUGAAUAUCAAUAAACAUUUUACACGAAAACC